GUAAUGGAAAUUAAAGCUUAUGAAAAUGAUAUUUUUUAUGACAAUAUGGGAAUGAGACUAUGGGAAAGAAGGCAUUAACAGUUAGAUAAAUAUAUAGAAAAGGAACGGACAUUAGAUAUUGGAUGCAAUGAUGGCAAAUUUAUUUAAAGAUUAGCUCAUUCUUUAGAUUUCAAUUUCAUUGCUGGAUUGGACAUUGAUCUUGAAGUUCUUAAAGAAGCUAGGUAUAUUUCAAUUCUAUUUUAAGUGAUAACAUAGUUUAUGAUUAAAUUUAAGAUUGUUUAAGGUCAAAUAGAAAAACAGAAUGUUGGAUUAAAUUGUUUCAUGGAAAUGCUUUAAAGAAAUAUAAACAAUUAAAAUAAAUGAAUUUUGAAGUAAUUAUUUCUAUCUUAUUCAUAGUUAAUCACAUUAAUAGAAGUAGUAGAACAUUUACAAUUAGAAUAAUUAGAUGAUUUAUGUGAAAAUGUAUUUGGAUAUUUAAAUCCUUAAAGAAUCAUAAUUACAACUCCAAAUUCUGAUUUCAAUGUCUAUUUUAAAUAACUUAAUCCUAAGUUUGUAUUAAGACAUCCAGAUCAUAAAUUUGAAUUCUCUUAACAAGAAUUCUUAGAAUGGACUACUACUGUUGCUUAAAAAUAUCAUUAUUCAACUAUCUAUGAAGGAGUGGGUCAACACAAAUCUGGUGAUCUUUCAAAUGGCUAUGCUUCCUAAAUUUGUAUUUUUACUAAAAUCAAAGAUUAUUAAAAUAAUUUUGUUGCUGAUUAAGAAGAUAUUUAAUAAAUUUUACAACACUGUUUACCUUAUGAUGGUCGAAGUGAUUAAUAAAAAUUAGCAGAUGAUAUUAUAAUGAAUUACUCAAGAUUUUCAUUAUAGAAUUUAAAUGACAUUGAUGAUUUUGAAUAUGAUCUCCUUUCAUAACUUGAUGACAGAGAUAUAUUAAUGAGGAUUAAAGAUUUACCAAGACAUGAAUACUUGGAAGAGAUGAUUAAAAAGAAUAGUAAUAGAUUCUCUAUUUAUCAAAAUGAUUAUUUAUUAUUGAAAUUAAAUUAUUGA